UGAUAUCCAAGCAGGUCAUCACGAUGGACGUGAAGCGGCUGCUGUGGGAGUCCAAGCUGGCGGUGGCGCUGUGUCUGCUCAUCAUGGCGCGCUGCGUUGAUCGUGUGCUUUACACACGAAUCACGUACGACUACACCGACUUCCUCUGGUAUUUCACGAACGUGAUUCUCCCCAUCGCCUUCCUGGUCUCGUCGGCUCCCGUAGUAGCGUACGUAGAGGAAAUGAGCUAUCUACUAUCAGAUAUUCUAGUUAUUUUGUUGCUAACUGUGUGUGUACGGAUUGCAGCUACAAAAUUUACUUUACCGGUGAGUAGAUCUGCUACUAUUUCUCUUUGAUUUAUAUUUUAUAGCUAACAAAGUGAACAGAUGACAUCACGCCGGAAAUGCGUGAGUUCCCGCAUUACAAGUACAUGCUUAUGGCGUUGUUCGACACGCUAUACAACCUGCUGGGCGCGUUCCCCACGCCUCACAUCGGGGGGAAUAUGGCCAACGUACUGAACCAGCUCAACCUGCCGUUCAAUAUGGUGCUGUCCUACAUGUUCCUGCAGACGCGUUUCAAGCGCGGCCACAUUUUGGGCUCCAUCCUCGUGCUGUAUGGUGGUAUGGUCAACUUGAUCCCCGCUCUUACUGGCCAAGACAAUGCAAACACGCCUGAUCCUAGUAUGGGAUGGAUCACUCUCUACAUCGUGUCACUGUUGCCAGCUGCAGCAUCGAAUGUGUACAAGGAGAUCGGACUGAAAGACGUGGAUCUGGAUAUCUGGUACGCCAACAUUUGGAUCAGCUUCUACCAGCUCAUCAUCGGCUUCGCUACGAUAUGGACCGUACGUAUCAGAGCGUUCAGCGAUCCACCAGUGCCCUGGGCAGACUUCCCGUCUUAUGUGUGGAAGGCUCACGAAUGUUUCAUCGGAAACGAAGUGGAGCUGAAUGGCAAGGACUUGCCAUGUGACUCCGGUGUGCUGGCGGUCUUCCUGGUCUUCAUUGUGUUCAACACUAUGUACAACCAGCUUAUGUUGUACAUCUUCAAGGAAGGCAGCAGCGUUCUCUUCGUGGUUUCAUCGGCUGUGGGUCUCCCGCUUACGGAUCUGCUGUACAUGAUUCCUCUUCUCACCGGUAAAGCUGCCAGUCAGGCGUUCACUAUCUACGAUGGCUUCGCUCUUUUCGUGCUAGUUAUGGGCUUACUGGUGUACCAUUCCGAGAAGGAGGAACGCAAACGCGGCACUGAGUCGGUGGAGAAGUCGCCUAUGUACGCGUCACCUUCGCUCCAGAAGACGCACCUCAUGCGCAAGCGCCGUGGAAAAGUGGUGUAUCGCCAGAGUCCCAUGAUUCGUCGCAGUGGAAGCGGAAGUGACAUCUCGCAGCGGCUUCUAGCUCGCAGUGCCAACAGGAACACCUAUGGCUCCAAUAGCAACUCCACGGCCCGUCAAACCGGAGAAAAUGGCUAUAACCCUUAAGCCUGCUUGAUUGAUCAGAUAGCUUUCCCUUCUUUGCUUCGCUUUAAUAGAGGGUUGGUUUUAUCUCA